AUGUCAGCAACACAAUCUGUAUCUCCAAUUGCUCUACCAGUAUUAUUUACGACGUAUUUUUUAACUGUUCAAACUAUUGAAUUCAGUUUAUCAAGUUAUGUUCUAAAUGAAAACGACCCAGAACUUUAUCGAAAGUAUUUAUUGUUCAAAUCAAACGCAUUCAUAUGGAAAUGGUGGCAUUUGUUUACUUUAUUGACUAUCCCGUUGUCGAUCUUCGAAGCGAUUCGUGAUUUAUUGAGAAUUUUCACCGCGAACUAUCCCGUAAAACGCCAUUUAAUGAGCAUUGUUCGAGCAAUGCAUCUAUUUACAACAUUGUAUAUUUCUUUUACGUGUGCAUUACCAUUAGAAACAAAGUUAAGUGGCAAAAGUUCAAGAAAUUUGGUUGCGGAGUUAAAUUAUUAUCAAUUGUUUCUGUUCCUAUUGAAUAUCAUCGGAUGGUUCAUACCACUCAUUCAGUAUAAGCAAGCACAGAGCAUCAAACCUAUUCCAGUAGAUAAGAAAGAUCAGUAA